CCAUUAACCGCGAUCCCAUUAACAGCGACCCCACUCCCCUAAUCCACGAUCCCAUUAACCGUGAUUCCAUUAACAGCAACCCCACUCCCCUAAUCUGCGAUCCCAUUAACCGUGAUCCCAUUAACCGUGAUCCCAUUAACAGCCCCACUCCCCUAAUCCGCGAUCCAAUUAACCGCGAUCCCAUUAACAGCAGCCCCACUCCCCUAAUCCGCGAUCCCAUUAACCGCGAUCCCAUUAACCGCGAUCCCAUUAACAGCAACCCCACUCCCCUAAUCCGCGAUCCCAUUAACCGCGAUCCCUUUGAAGAGAACUAAAUUCGUAUUGUGGCCACGCGCAUCCACGAUGUCCACAUCUCCUCUCUUCCCACGUUGAGUCCAUCGUGACACUGGACUCCAUCAUCAUCAGCAGGACGAACCGUGACCCCCCCCUCACCAGCAUUCCACGCAUCUCGAUUCCCUGCCACUCAGUCUCGAUCCCGUUAUCUGCACACCCAUCAUCUUCGCCGAUUGGUGACCCCCCCCCCGUGUAUCCGCUCUCCGUGUCCGCACUCACCGCUUCUGCCCAUGGAGCCUCUGUCUGUGCAGCAGGAGAUGCAGGAGAAGGCCGAGGCACCUGCUACCGUGGAAUUCGAGUCCCGGGGCUCUGCAGUGGUGGCUUCAGGCCCUUUGCCGUGCGAUUUCGCGGUGGCGCGGGCCGAGCUGAUGGCAUGCGGCGAGUGCCGCAAGGAGUUUGCGAACAAGCGCUCGCUGCGUGCCCACGCCAAGCGAAUGCACGCGACCCAGCGGCCCUACCCGUGCCAGGUGUGCGGCAAGGGCUUCAUGAAGCCCUCCACGCUCAGGGAGCACGAGCAGACGCACUCGGGCGUGCGCCCCUUCGCCUGCGAGCUCUGCGGCCUCCGCUUCCUGCUCAAGCACCACCUCGGGGCGCACGCGGCCACGCACGCGGCCGCCCGCCCGCACGUCUGCGCCGCCUGCGGCCUGGCCUUCGCGCUGGCCGCCGGCCUGCGCAAGCACCGGCGCGUGCACACGGGCGAGCGCCCGCACGCCUGCGAGCUGUGCGACCGGCGCUUCGCCCUCGCCGGCACCCUGCGCGCGCACCGGCGGACGCACGCCGACGGCGCCGCCCCCGCCUCCGUUUCGCCGGAAAAACUCCACAUGUGCGAGGAGUGCGGCAAGUUGUUCGCCGACGCGGGGCGCCUGCGGCAGCACCGGCGCGUGCACACCGGGGAGAAGCCGUUCGAGUGCGCCGAGUGCGGGCGCCGGUUUUCCCGACAGGCCUACCUCCGCAGGCACCGGCCUACGCACGCCGUCGCCGCCCCCCCCCCCACGCCGCCGGCGCCGCCGCCGCCGUGCGGGGCCUGCGCCGCUUUGCCCGACCCGCGCCCUCCCUGCCGGCACGGCCGCGCGAGGGAGCGCCGGCACGCCUGCGAGCGGUGCGGAGAGCGCUUCUUCCUGCCGCACCACCUGCGGGCGCACCGGCGCGUGCACACCGGGGAGAAGCCGCACGAGUGCGAACGCUGCGGCCGCCGCUUCUCCGGCCGCCACCACCUGGACGCUCACCGGCGCACACACACUGGCGAGCGGCCUCACAUCUGCACCGAGUGCGGUCGGGCGUUCGCGCAGCCCGCCGGUCUCGCCAAGCACCGGCGCGCGCACGCCGGGGAGAAGCCGUUCGAGUGCGCCGAGUGCCGGCGCCGGUUCGCCAGCCGGCACCACCUGGCGGAGCACGCGCUCACGCACGCCGGCGGGAAGCCGUUCGCGUGCGCCGACUGCGGGAACGUGUACGCACAGAGCAGCGGCCUCCGCAAACACCGGCGCCAGCACUUGGCCGGCGGCGUCGGCACGCGGCCGUUUCUGUGCGACGAGUGCGGCUUGGCGUUCGGCAGGCGCGCCGCCCUCCUGCGCCACCAGGAGGGACACCGCCACGGAGACGCGGGGAAGGCGCCGGCGGGCACGGUGGCGCUGGAGGCCGUGGGAGAUGUUCUCGACGGCGGUCCCGGCGAUACGCGGCCGUGAAUCGGCGGACGUCGGGGUCGUGGGGAGAGUCGGGUUCUGGUGGGGUUGGGGAAUUUUGCAGAGAUUGGGUUGUGUGGUGUUGGACUCUGAAGCUGCGUGGCUGUGUAGUAGCCCUUCGACGGCAAGUACCACGAUGGGCUCACUGCUGUCAUGGAUCAAAACUUCGAUGAAAAGCUUUCGUGACUACAGGGAUUCAUAUUCUUGGUUCUUUCGGUAAAGUCAUGUAGAAGGAAAAUAAUAAAAUAAUACAAAUAUAAAAACAAUAAAAAUUCUCACGACAUUUCGACUGAAACACAAGCAAUCGUCAUCAGCUGUGAAAUACACAGCCACUUUUUUCAAAAUUUCUUGCUGUGGAUUUCACACCUGAUGAUGAUUGCUUGUGUUGCAGUCGAAACGUGAGAAUUUUUAUUUUUUUAAUAUUUAUUUUAUUUUAUUAUUUCCCUUCUACGUGACUUUACCGAAAGAACCAAUCAAAACUUGUUUUCCAUAUUCUUAGGCUUUUUCGGUAAAGUCACGUAGGUAAAACAUUUUAAUUCAUAAAAAUAAAAUAAAAAUCACGACGUUUCGGAGGCAACACAAGCUUCCGUCUUCAGGUGGAAGUCACCUACGUGACUUUACCGAAAAAACUUAAGAAUAUUAAUCCUUGCAGUCACGAAAGCUUCAAAUCUAGAAUUGUUUUCCAUACCCAUCAUUAACACUGCCUUGUAUCAUGAAUGUGGGUGGAGGAGGAGUCUGUGCCACAGUCGUUAGCGCAUUGCUUUGUAAACACGGCGAUCUGCAUUAGAUUCCCGGACACGGCUAACAUCAAAGUACUGGGCAAACUCCUGCUUGUUCAUACUGCAGCUGCUAGAGUUCUUACACCACAUACACCAUUCCAUGAGCACAUUGCACCAGCCCUCCUAUAUCCAUUGGCUACAAGUCAAAAUCCGAGUGGAUUUAAAGGUAUUGCUAUUAACCGACAAGGCUUUAAAAGGGCUCACCACACAUCACUUGCAGGAACUAUUACAUUUAUAUAUUCCAUCAAGGUCCUUAAUCUCUUCUGAUCUCCAGCUGAUCAGUGUUCCCAUGUCUACAGGUUGAGCUCUUUGGGCGAUCGGUGCUUUUGUUAGCGUGGCAGCAAGCCACGGAACGCCUCGCCGCUUGAAAUCAGGGCUAUCAGAGUCGGUAGAUAUAUUUCAGUCUGCUUGAAAACCGCAUCUCUUUCAAGUGGCCCUUCCCUCUUUAGUGUGGUCGGUUGCCCAGGAUCUCUUUUUUUUUCCUGCCUUUCAUGUAUUGCACAUUGAGAUCCUAGGAUGGAAUGCCCAUGAAACAUUUUAAUUCUUAUUAUCAGUGGCAAGCGAUAUCUGUACCGGUCCUGGCCGCCCCUUCAUAACCCGCAAUCGACUAGCGUGGUGAAAUAUAUAUUUUAAAAUUGUAUUCUCACCAAUGCAUUCAAAGAUGUUUUUCAUUAGUUUUGAGUGUUCUAGCCACGGGCACGUUCCCUCCCUUGGGCUGCCCUUUCCAUGGUGCGUCUCGACCACCGGACAUCGUCGGAGCCAGUGCGCAGCAGCGGGAUGCUGGCCAGGCCAUGAGAGAUGACGCAGCUUUGGGGACCACUUAAUCCGACGGUGGAUAAGAUCAUGGCUGAUGAUGGUGAUAAACACAUUCCUCCUGCGGAGGGAGCUGGUAGGAACGUUGGGUUGCUCGGUCAGUGGCCAGGGUCAAAGGCGGCAUGGUGUAUUUCCGCAAAUAUGGCCGACUGUGAGGGCGGGCACAAGCCGGCGUGAGGAGGUUAAACGUUGAGUUUUAUAAGGGCACCACGGGGUGACCAGCCCCUCUCCACCCAGCCCCACCCCUCCCACCCCCCCACCCAGCCCCACCCUCCCCACCCAGCCCCACCCUCCCUACCCAGCCCCUCCCUGCACGACGGACGGACACAAUAAUCCCCUGUGGGCUGGUGGAACCAGUGGGUUCCUACCAGUAUGAAUCCCCUUUGUAAUAAAGAUCAGUGUUGUUGUGUACAUU